GCAUCUCAUCUACGAUGUGCAAGCACUCAAGGCCAAGGUUGUGGAACUGAUUUGAGCAACGCUUGGUUAUUUAUGAUGCCCGUGUGCUGAGCUCCAUAUUUCCAUGAGUAAGCAGCACACAAGUAAUGAAUGAGGUUGGAAUUUCUCUUGUGAUGUGUUGUCUGCCCCUCAUUCCUAGUGUAUGAAAUCUCAAGACGGCCACAAUGAGUCUCGAUGUUAUAUACACGAGCAUUCGUGGAUUUCUCAUUGUGUUACCAUGGACCCUCGAAUUGGUCCUCAUGGACCUCAUUAUCUCUUUCCUCUUACCCGUCAGUUAUCUUUUCCCUAACUGGGUAUACAAUGCGUCAUCGUUCGUCGCGUUUACAAACUGGAAUUGGAUACAAGUCAUUUUUGAGGUUUUCAAUGGAGGCAAGAUUACCAUUUCUGGCGACACUCUUCCGGAAGGCGAAACCGCGAUUGUCAUUGCAAAUCAUGUCAGUUGGACCGACUUCUAUAUGAUUCAAGCACUUGCUAUCAGAGCUGGCAUGCUCGGAAGAUGUAGAUGGUUUGCCAAGAUUGAACUGCGAUGGGUUCCAUUACUUGGAUGGGGAAUUUGGGGGAUGGGUAUGCCAAUGGUUAGCAGAAAUUGGCUGAAGGAUAAGAAAGAGUUGGAUCGAGUUUUUGCAGGAGUCGUAGUAAAAAAAUGGCCACAGUGGCUCAUCAGCUUUAGUGAAGCGACACGAUAUACACCUAAGAAAUACGAAGAAGCGAAAAAAUGGUGUAAACAAAACAAUCGACCUCUCCCCAAACAUCUUCUGUAUCCACGAACAAAAGGCUUCGUAACAACAGUGCAGCAUCUGCGAAAGGCUAAACAUGUCAAAGCCGUUUAUGAUAUGACGAUCGCAUAUUCACGUCAUAAUAAAUGGCAUCAAGCACCAACUAUUUGGGAAUCUCUUAGUUGCGGGGACCUAAGCGGAAAGCGAGGAUACAAAUUUCAUGUCGAAGUCAAGCGAUUUUUAUUGGAGGACUUGCCAGAGACCGACGAAGGGUUAGCAAAAUGGUUGGAAACUAGAUGGAUAGAGAAAGGGGAAUACUUGGAAGAAAAGAGGGAAGAGUGGUCCAGAGUUGGUAACGGACAUAAGCUAGUUACGGCAUAGUUGUCGCAACAAUAAUUUUCUCCUUUCUCUUGUUGGGAUAUCUAUCUGGAGUAGACUAGACGAGCGCACCUGUUACUAUUCCUCUAGACCGAAUUCGCUCUAGAGUCUGGGAUUUCUUGUAGUAUUUUUGCAUGCAAAAAAAUCGUGGAAUGUUUGUUGGACAGGAUAAGAAGCAUUCCUUUGUUCCUGCCAACACCGGACCUCGUGAAUAUUCCCCUCGAUCUCUGCACGCAAAUUAAUUCUCCGAAUACAAAGAAGAUUGUUUCCGAAAUGCUUUCUCAAGACGUUCCAUUCCUCACAAGCAUUGGGGAGUAGUUGCUGCUUAUUGUGUACUGAAAUUGGAAUAAUUAAAGGUUAACA